GGGAGGAAGAAGCUCGAUCUGGAGGUUGGGAAGGACUUCACUGGGCGGAUAAAGCUGAAUCUGAAGCACGGGGUCGUAGUCAAAAUGGACGACCACGAGCGCGACGGCUUCGCGCACAUCUCGGAGUUGACGCCUCUGUACGGGAAAUAUCUGAAGCAGGCGUCGGACAUGUACUCCGCGGGCGACGAG